CUUUUCGUUGAGUCCGGGAUGAAGGGCCAGGCGCCGUCGCUACUGCUACUGCUGCUCGCCUGGCGCCCCGCGCGCGGCGCGGAGCAGCAGUGCCAGCUCUCGGACCAGCGUUACGCGGGCGUGACGGUCACCGUGGUCGCGCUGCAGGAGAAAGGCGGCGUCAAUCUCGAAAACCUGUACGUUCGGGCGAGGGAGUUUGAGAACUUCACGGGCGCCGUGGUCGACUUCGUGCAGCGGGACGUCCGUCCAUCUGGCGAUAACCCCUCGCUGGCGGCCGAGGUGUUCGCCGACGCCGGGAAGGUGGAAACCGGGUGCAACGGCGCCGGCGUGUACCAAGGCUACGUGAUCAAGGGCAACCAGGUGCCUGACCUGGUCCAGUGUGGCGGGAUCGCCAACCUCUCCACGCAAGUGGAGCAGAGUCAAACGUGGUCGGACCUGGACUGGGCGGACGUGGCGACCGCCAUCCGCCAGGGUACCUCCACGUACGACUCAAAGGUCUACUCGCUGCCGAUUGACGCCGACUACAUGGCGACAGUGGUCCGCGAGGACCUGGCCGGGAACACGACCCUGGACACGUGGGAGCAGUGGGUGGCCUUCGCCGAGUCGCAGAACGGGACCGACAUGAACGGAGACGGCAAGCCGGAUCACGGCGCCUGCAUCGCGCUCGGGCCGGCGGGCCACUUCUCGGUCUUUGGCGUGUUGAUGGCCAUCGCGGCGCCGCACCUGCAGCUGGGAGGCACGCCGCAGGGCGCCUUCUUCAACACCGACACCUUGGAGCCCAAGCUGACGGCGGCGGCGAUGAGCCAAAUCUACCCCGACGCGCCGUCGUCCUUCUCCUUUGAAACGGCGCUCGCACUGUACAAGCGGCUGGUUGACGUGGCUGUGCCCGGCGUCUCCGCCAAGGAUGCCUGGGAUUACUUCAAAAAUGGCAGCUGCUCGACAUGGAUCAGCCUGCCCGGCUUCGUCUACAAGACGCAGGACACGAAGUUUGGCACAACCAACAUGCUCACGAGAAACGUCCCCAACGCGACCAUGGCGCGCGUGGAGGCGCCCGGCGUCCCCUGCCCCUCUCGCUCCACCUGCCCGUACGCCUCCGACACGAGCAGCGGGCUGGUCAGC